UGCAGCUGAAUAACUGGACAUCUAAUACCCAUGUUCAGAAGCCAUGAAUUCCAGAAAAUUACUCUCAGAAACGCAGAGAACCUUCCCUGCUGCUAAAGUACACUGCCAGCAGCCAUCACGGAUUCUCAUUGUGGAUGUCACGUCAGCUUCCUGGACCAACACUUGCUCUGUACUCUCUGAAGCGCUGGAAAACACACUCUGUUUGGCAUGCAGUUUGACAGGCCCUUCCCGUGUUCCCCUGCUGAGCCUCUACGUGGUGCAGAACCAGCAGGAGUGCCUGCUUCCUUUUACGCAAGUGAAAGAAAACUUUGCACGAAUUCAAGCCUGCAUUUCAGAGCUCCGUUCACUACCAAGAGAAGGCUGUUUCCCACAGGGGGGAAAUGGAGUGGUACAAGCUGUGCAGGAUGGAUUGCAACAGUUCAAACAAUACAGCAGACACACAGCAGCAGGAGGCUCAACAAAUAGUUCUGUUGAGAUCACAAUUUUGACUAGCCAGUCCAGCAAAGAAAUGGUAAAGCAGCUGGAAAAGAAGUUAAAAGAUGUAGACCUUGUGAGUCUGCGAAGAAUACAAGUAAUUGAAAUUUUGAAGAGAGACUUUCUGGAGCCUGAGGAUGUAGAACAGCACAUGCCAGCAGAAGAGCCCAGCAGCAAUGACAUUGCAAUCCUGGGAAUGGACAUUGAUGUGCAAACCAUAGAGGACAAUGUCAUCAGCUUGGAGAUGCUGUUUAAAACAUGGCUACAUGACUAUGGCACAGAGAGAGAACACCUCCAUCUCCUCCUUCCAUCAGGAGGCUUCAGUCACGCCACUGCACCCAAGACCACCCUAAUGUGCCUGAAGUGCGAUUUGCAGGAGAGAUUGCUCGACCCAGCUCUACUUUCUGGGAUGGUUGAUGGCACCAUGAGAGCAGCAGAUUUGAAUUCACCCUGCCAGAUGGCAGCCUGGCCAGCUACAGUGCUGUAUAAACUCCAGGUUGUAAAGGCUCUGAAGUCUGAAGGGGUCUGUGAGUCUGUAGUGUAUGGCCUGCCCUUCAUCAUCAAGCCCACAAGCUGCUGGCAGCUAGACUGGGAUGAACUGGAGAUAAACCAGCACAGCUUCCAUGCUCUAUGUCAUAGUCUUCUGAAAAGGAAGUGGAUGCUUUUGGCCAAACGUGAGCCACACAACACUAGUCAAAACUGGAACAUUAUGAUGCAUUCCUACUACAUCAUUGUCCCUUCUGACUCCGCCACUCUACUUGUCAAAGCAGUUGCCAUCAGAGAGCUCUUGCUGCCGUCAACCUUCCCAGCCCUCCUUGCUGAACAUCCUGAGAGAGUGCAUGGCCCUAUAGAGAGUGCCCUGAACAGCUUGGAAGUGGAAGUUGCUUAUAACCCCUUGCACCUAAAAAGCAACCUCUACAAGUAUCUGAAGAGUAUGUUGUACAAACCUCUGCACAGGCAGCAGGCCCAGCCCAGGGACCAGCGACCAGAGCGGCAUCAACCCAAGCAGCAACAGAGCAGAGCCAAAGCCACAGUGGCACCCCUUCUGAUGGCUCCUUCUCCAGUCCAAGUGUUCAGACCAGCAGCAAUGAGGAAAGAUUCCUGUGAGCGCUCCCUGCUGCCCAAAGAGUAUGACGAGUUCCUGCAGUGA